CGCUGAACCUCGCCGGGAACUGCAGGACCUGGCGGGCAGGAGGAGGGAGGUAAGUGGACUCGUUGCAACGCCGGGCCUUUUGGUCGUUUAUGUUCGCAUCGACGGCUGACAGAGCAGCGCUCUGCUAACCUGGGCCGUUACGCAGCGAAGCACAUCUUCGACAUAGACACGGAAGAUUGCAAUAAUGAGAGUGAGACAGUAAAGGACCUUACAGCAACUCACUGGAAUCCAAGGAGUAGGCCAGUCAAGGAUGCUGGAGGCAGAUGCAGGUGCAGUCCCGGCGGAGCACGGAGACGCUGAGAUGGACGGCGGAGAUUUGAGAGCCGAGGUGGUACGGCUGACUUUAGAGCUCCAGGAAGCAACGGAGGAGAAGCUGCAGGCCGCCCGCUAUGGCCUGGUAGUACUGGAGGAGAGUUCGACUCUUAAAGUCAAACACCGGCAACUGGAAGAGGAGCAUGAAACUCUUAAAGUGGAGUUACAGGAGCUCAAAGAGGCCUUUGCAGAUUCUGUGAGCAGUCAAAAGCGAGCAGCUGCUGAUGGAGAGUGCCGGGAGGAGAAUUUGCUCCAAGAGACAGCAUCUAAGGAGGCUGCUAUGGCAACACGCUUGAUAGAAGUCCAGGCUGAGCUAAAACAGGCACGCCUGGCACUCGGUAAUGCUCACGGAGAGAUUGACAGACUUGGAGGAAUCUCAAAUCAAUUGAAGAAGGAUUGUGAGUGUCUGGAGACCGAAAAAGGACACCUUAGGGAUGAAAUGAAGGAAUAUAAAGUGCGUGAGCUGCGCCAGUUACAAGAUAAUGGUGAGCUGGAAGAAGAGAACAUAUCGCUUCAAAAACAGGUGUCUUUGCUCAAGGAAAACCAGGUUGAGUUUGAAUCACUGAAGCUUGAGCUGAACCAAAAGAAUGAGGAGCAGGAGGAGCUGCGGGCUCAGAUUGAGGAAGCUGCCAGGCUGCGGGAGAUUGCAGAGCAUCAGUUGGAUGAGGCCCUAGAAUCCUUAAAGGAGGAGAGGGAGCAGAAAAACAGUCUACGACGGGAACUUUCUGCCUUUACUCUAAACCCCUUUGAUUCUGUGGGAAACCUGGAGAUUCACUUAGACCAGCUGGAUAACAGCAAGGAGGACGUUCAGGCCGGAGAGGGUGAAGGUCAAGGAGAGGACCAAGACAGUGGCAAUGCUCCAGGGUCUGCCCCAAAUUCUCCUCAAAUGACGGACUCUAAAAGUAAUGGCGUCAUACCUCGUUUCUCCAGUCCACGCAAUAGCGACGUAUUCUUGCGUGCUCCAGCCUCUGGGCUGGUGUCCGACCUACUGAGCGAGCUCCACUUUUCUGACAGUCAGAAACUCAAACAGCAACUGUUACAGGCUGAAAGAGAGAAAUCAAGUCUUACAAGCAAGGUGGAGGAGUUACAAAUGCAGCUAGUGAUUUCCAGGCAAGCACUGAGUCAGCAACAGGACAAAGUUGGAUCCCUCACCCAACAGCUGGAGGCUGUGCAGAGUAGCCAAGAGCACAACCAUCACUCAGAUGAUGGAGGUGAUGAUGACGCUAAAAACCGAGACCAUAGUGAUGUCGUCUUUGACUACGAGGUUGACACAAAGAGCAAAGAAGUGCUGGAGGCGCGUAUGCGUUCGGCCAGUGAAGAGCUUCUGAAGCUGCGGGAUGAACUGUCUCAGGCAGGCACUCGCUAUAAUACACUGGAGCAGCGAUACAAACACGAGAAGGAUCAAUGGCGAACUGAGGCCCAAGAACUGGCUGACAAGAUUCGCCAAUGCAUCAAGUCCAGCAGGCAGGACCAGGAGCGGAUCAGUGAGCUGGAGAUUGAGAUUGGAGCCACACGAAAAGUGGCAAGUGAUUCUGAAGGUCAUCUCAGUGUGGCUCAGGAAGAGCUGCUGGCCUUUUCUGAGGAGCUGUCCAACCUCUAUCACCACAUCUGUGUGUGUAACAACCUAACACCCAAACGGGUCACGCUGGACUAUUACCGUGAAAGUGCUAGGGCACAUGGUGGAGUUGGUGCGAGAAGGUCACUCAACAUCUCCACCCAGCCAAACUCCCUGAAGAAGACACGAGCUAAUGACAUGUUCAUCUCAAAAGCUUCAGCUUUACAGUUUAUGGGGGAGGUAGACAGUGCAGGAUCCUCCGUAGACUCGCCUCAGUGCCCUGGUUCACCCAAUCUGGAUUUUAGGGACCCUUCUAACGUAAGCAACUUGGUUGCAGUCAUCAGAUGCCAGAUCAAACACCUCCGGGUGGCAGUGGAUCUCUGUCGUCAGCGGGGGGCAAUGCCUUACUCUGGGUUGAGUUGCACUGUUGAAAUGGAGAGAGAUGCUGAAAGCCUGCUAGAGGAAGUACUCAAACUUAAGUCCCUUCUUAGCACCAAGAGGGAACAGAUCGCUACUCUGAGGACUGUCCUCAAGGCCAACAAACAGACUGCUGAAUUGGCCCUAUCCAAUUUAAAGACCAAGUAUGAGACAGAGAAAAGCAUGGUAUCAGAAACAAUGAUGAAAUUACGCAACGAACUCAAAGCCCUGAAGGAAGAUGCUGCCACAUUUUCAUCACUCCGAGUGAUGUUUGCAAGUCGGUGCGACCAGUAUGUUACCCAGCUGGAUGAAAUGCAGAGGCAACUAGCAGCUGCAGAGGAUGAGAAGAAGACACUGAAUUCUCUGCUGCGCAUGGCUAUCCAGCAGAAAUUGGCACUCACCCAGCGCUUGGAAGAUCUGGAGGUCCCCCUAUCUUCUCACAGCUUGAACAGCAGCCCUCGUCGCUCCAGAGCAAAGGAGCUAGCCACCAAGUCAGGACGAGCUCCAAGGAGCCCACGAAGUAGUCCUGCGCGUCCCCCCAUGAGGAGCAGCCCGCGAGCUAGUCCAGUUCUUGGGAGCAGCGUUCCUGCCAUGGCCACGCAACACUUGCGAGCUCUCACACGAAGCCUCCACACAAGCCCUCGCUGAAACACUCCUCCAUUACUCCAAACCCUUUCUUCUCCAAAAGGACCCGUCUUCAUGUUGAUUCCCUGGUUCCCUCCUCCCUACCCGACUCAAGGCAUCUUGUUCAUCCUCGAUGUGGUGCUGCAUCUUCCAGUCUUCCACCAGAAACAUGGAUAAAAGUAAAAUACAACUCUCAUCCAACUCUCUUGCAUGCAGCCUGUAGAUGGAGGAAGAGGAAAAAAUGUGCUGCUGCUUAUUAUUAUUAUUAUUAUGUCAAGUCCUUGAUUGUGUCUUCCAUCAACUUCCAUCGGGUCUUGAUCAAGGCUGUGUGUUGUGAGUUACCAUUGACAGUAUUUAUUUUGCGGUCUAUUGUGUUUGCGGUCCUUCCAUUUAAGCCUCUCUUUGACGAUUAUGUCUUUGCAAUCUUGCCUUUAGUCUGUUCAGGACUUUUGGUGUCUUUUAGGGUCAUUAAGCAAGUAGGUUAUCCUCUUGACCCCUAGAUUAAUGUGUUUUACUGAACAAUGCAGCCUUACUAACACUCUCCCGCUCUGUUUGCUAGUAACUAGCCUGCUAUUUUUCUUAGUGCAUCGCUGUUGCACAUGCAUAGAGUUGAAAUCCCAUUUUAAAACACGUUUUAACAGCAGACAGCAUUUCCUUCUGACGGAAAUAAACAGCCAUAUGUAUCCCACCUCAGGUCAAAAGACAAAUAUUUAUGAUGUUUAAUUUGUAAAAUCUUGAAUAUGCAUCUUAUUGUGUCACCUGUGCUGACAAAUUCAGGACAGUCUGUACACUUUUACACUGCUGCUUAACUUGCUUAUGAUUUGUUUUGGCACAAGUAGCCACUUGAUUAGCAAAUCAUAAAGUUUGAGUGCUAUUCAUCACUUGGCAGUCAGUUGACCAAACUUGCAACCUUUAUUCUGUUCAUUUUCUCACAUUGUAUACAUUCAUAGUAGAUUGCAUUACCCAUAGCAAGCCAGUUUCAUUUACUUGGUUUUCAUUUUGGAGCUCAGAACAAGCUGAUCAGUCUGAUGCUGGCAGUGAUUAAAAAAACAAAAAUGUACAAUUUGCAAGCAGUGGCAAAGUGUGUGUUGCUUUUAUUAAAGUAAAUUAAUUUAGGAAAACUAAAUAUUUUAGCAGUAGCAGUAUGCACUGGCUGAAAACAUUCAAAACACUUAAAGUAGCUGUUACAACCUUUUAAAUUAGACUACUAUGCAUGCGUCAAGUUGCUUGGAGAGGCAACCUCUUUUUUUUCUCCAAAUUAUUUGUUUUUGUGCCUUUUUGUUUUGACUUUGUCUCCUGUUUUGGAUUGUUUUUGGUGUGUCGGUCACUGGAGAUAAUGAAUCCAUGUUUCACUUUGUCACAUAUAGGAUGCUAACACAAACAAUAGGUGUUGGGUUCAUAUCAAUGCCUUUUAUUUAUACCUGCUGUUAUUGCACUGGAGAACUGUUGCACCAAAGUUUGGCAAAUAAUUUAUUUGCGCCUCCAGACAGCAUAUUGAAAAACGUAUACCAUUAAGUUUCACCACUAGUAUGAAAAUACUUUAAUGUGCCCCGAGCCCUUCUGGUACUUCAUUACUUCACACUGUUCAGUUUAGCGUUUGUGCGCCUUGUCAAAGACAAAACACUGAUUUGAAGGACUUGUCAUUGCAAUUGCGAUCAAACAGCAUUGUCGUCAAUAAGUUGAUCAAAUAUUUUCACUUUGUAGCUUAGGCAAUACUGGUUAAACUAAUGUUCCCCUUCAAAAAAAUAAAUCUAGGAGAUACUUGCGUGUAUUCUGGACAACCUUAGCUAAAAAGUGAAAAUGUUUUAGAAGACGGUUGUCUUUGAAGGUUGUAAAUUGAUUUUCCAAUCUAUUUAAUUCAAAAUGUAUAAUUUAAUUUUUAUUGUUGUGAAUGUAAAAAAAUAUUUAUGCCGUGUGCUUUCUGUAUAAAUUGCCCUAGUACAUGUCAUGCACACACUCCACAACAUUUAAAUUUGUAUGCCCUCAUGAAAUGUGAGCCAGUUUUGCCCUGAACAAUAAAUCGAACAACACUGUA